GCCAGUCGACACCCUCAAGGUCAGAUUACCAGGGGGGAGCAACGAAGCUCAGACAGCAAUAGUCCAUCAGUGUCUGUUGGACUCCCGCACCGUGAGGACUAACGCAGUAUGAAGGCAGCGCAGCAGCAGCAGCAGGGUGCUGCAGACAGCAGCAGGGCGAGGACGACGCCCCGGCUGCUACAGUGGCAGGGUACCGAACCUCUCCCAGCCAUACCAGACACAAAUUAUGCUGCCUUCAUCUUGGAGAUCAUGGCUGGGUAUGGCGACGCUGUGGCUGUGGUGGAGGCGGAGACGGGCAGACAGCGGACGUACAGGGAGGUGUGCAGGCUGGUGCCGCGGGUGUCCGCCGGGCUGGCGGCCGCCGGGGUCGUCCCGGGCGAUACUGUGCUCUUCCUCACUCCCACCAUCAUGGACUACCCUCUCGUGUUUCUCUCCAUUGUGCACCGCGGCGCCACCUGCGUCCCCGUCAACGCCAACCUCUCAACCGAUGAGUUGGUGCACGUGGUGAGGGUGAGCAAGGCCAGCUGGGCAGUCGUCCACGAAGACUCCCUGGAGGUGGCCGAGGCUGCCUUCUCCCUCAUGCCACCUGGCACCCUACGGCAGCUGUGGGUCCUGGGAGACUGUGCCACACACAGACCCAACCUCACCCACCUCAUGACCUACUCCCCCGCGCCUCCCUUCACUAAGGCGGAGGGGCUGGAGGCGUCGACUGCGGUAGCCAUGAUGCCCUUCUCCUCGGGUACAACUGGCCUCCCCAAGGGCGUCAUGCUCUCUCACCGUAACCUGCUUUACACGCAUGUUCGGUUAAUGAGUGAAGUAAAAUUCUUUCCGCCCGGCGGUGUAAAUAGAAGCAAUGGUUCCAAUACGACGUUGGUGAUCCUGCCUGUGUGUCACCUCUACGGCCACCUGACCGUCUUCUCAGUCCUGCACAUCGGCAGCACUGUAGUCUUCCUCCGCAAGUUCGCGCCCAGGAAAUAUUUUGAAGCCAUACAGAACUUCAAGGUAACAUUCAGCCCGCUUGUUCCCCACCUGCUCAAGUUCCUGAUGGAGACGCCGCUGCUGAAGGAGUAUGACGUCUCCGCCGUGUCCUUCUUCAGCGCAGGCGCGCCCCUCACAGCCUCCACAGCCAACGCCUUCAUAAAAAAGAUUGGCCGGCCAGUUACCGGGGGAUACGGGUUGACUGAGACGACAGCCAUCGCCACCUCCAACAAGACCCCCAACAGCAGCAAUAUUAAUUCUGUCGGGCAAGUUGCCCCCUACGUGCAGGUUAAGGUGGUGGAUGUGGAGAGCGGGGAGCUGGUGGCUGAGGGCGUGGAGGGCGAGGUGUGUGUGAGGGGCCCCAACAUCAUGCUCGGCUACGCCAACGACCCCGUCGCUACGGCGGCCACCAUAGACACGGACGGCUGGCUUCACACCGGUGACAUCGGCUACUAUGACAAGGACGACUUCCUCUACCUCACAGACAGGAUCAAAGAUCUCAUCAAGGUUAAAGGAUACCAGGUGUCGCCCACGGAGCUGGAGAACAUCUUGAGGAAGAACGAGGGCGUGGACGACGUGGCGGUCGUGGGUGUGCCCCAUGAGAAGAUGGGGGAAGCACCGCGGGCGUAUGUGGUGCCUCGGCCGGGCUCCGCCGUGCGCCCUCACCACCUGCAGCAGUUCCUCGCUGAGCGGGUGGCCCAGUACAAGCGGCUGGCAGGCGGGGUGAAGCUGGUGGCGUCCAUACCAAGGAACUCCACAGGGAAGGUGCUCAGGAGGCAGCUGGUGGAGGGCCUGUCAACCCCAGCUGCUAAACUCUAACCUUCUUCAAGUCCUCAGUAGGUGGUGGUGUGCCUUGUGAGAGGUCCUUAAUAACGAUCAGCCCCAUAAGGAAUAAUCCUGUUUGAAAAAGCAGGAAAUUUUUAUUAUGGAAGGGAACGAGUGACUAUCGGCUUGCACGUGCAUGCAGCCGCUGGUACUUAAGCGGUCAGCUCGGGUCACGACCCUGACGGGAGACAUCUCCCAUCACGCAGGGUGCAGUCGCACCUCCACAGAUCUCCAGUAUCAGCUCUUGAUAACCGGCCGGUUAUCAAGAGAUAUUAUCUAUUAACUAUUCUGCCUUUCAUAAUACACUAUACAAAAUGAGAAGACUUUCAUAAGUUAUCUGCUCAGUGAUUCAUGCACAAGUGAAAGGCAGUUCAAAGUGUCACUAAGGUCAUUUGGCUGCAGUUCCCCUCAUUAGUGUACAUUGUUUACAGAUAAUAAUCUGGGCAAAUAACCCUCAGUUGCACUUCGGCACUCCCUAGCCUGUGUGCUAACUUCCUGUAAUUGGGUAACUUGUAAACCGCCUAUUAUAUAUCCUUGUACAUCCUUAAUUACAUUAAUGUCCUUAUAGUCUAUUGCCUCAACUCUUAUCAGAAUUAGUUACUUGUUCUGUAUCUGUUAGCACCCAUCCAUUCUAUCACUUUACAUUUAUUGUUUAUAAUUUAUAUUAAAAUAUAAAUUGUAAUUUAAAUUAUAAAUUACCUUAUAAUUAAAAACUUAACGCAUUC